UGAAAAAAAUUUCAUUCUAGUUCCCUUGAUCUGAGGAUUGGUAGUAUAGAGCGGAUGAAGGAUGAUGUUGUGGGACGGAUGAGGGAUGAGAUGGAAGCCCUUUUAUCUGAAGAGAGUUCUGGGGAGGAGGAGGAGGAGGAUGAAGAUGAACGGGAUGAUUAUCAAAAUGGCAAGAUUGAAGGAAAGGAUGGAAAAAAGGAGAGUGUAAAAAUCCUCUACUACCAUGAGACUAGGCAGAUAGAGGAUAAGAUGACAGAGAAUGAAGCAGGAGAUGGAACACCGGUGGAUGAGGGUGGAUGGAAUGAGUAUGGAUGGAAGAGAAAGAUACCUGCCAGCAAAUUUGGUCAGAUUGUGCAAGCCCAAGGAAAAAGAGUGAAAGACAAACAGUUUACGAAAGAAAUACUCACAUACAAUGGUGGGGAAGGGGAUACAGAGGCUACACUGUAUGGUCGAGUUCAUGAGAAAGAUGCCAGGCAAAGAUUUAAUUAAUUUAGAGUUAAAAUUUUG